AUGAUAGAACUUAUUGACAAACGUCAACUGGAUGAACAAAAAGGAGACGCGGAGGAAGCAAGGAUCGUAGCAGACGUACUACUUACAACACGAUCACAAGAGUGGAACAUAAAAUGCAAAAGUAGAUUUUGGUACUUUUUGAUGGAUAGAAAAAGAUCAUUCGACUGGUAUUGGGCGACGACAGGGCGGGCUGAAAAACGGUUCUGCUCGUUGUUAGAUGAUGGCUCGCCUCAAGAAAAUGUUCACUCUUCGUCCAACCGCCAUUUGGGUAUGUGUCAGCCUCGCUUGCUGCGAGCCCAGUUGUUUAUGCAAUGCCGAACUUCGGUUGGCCACGCAAGUUGGAUAACGGGCCUUUUGGGACGGUAA